AUGCACUUUAUCAAAAAAACGGAGAAAAAGUUUAAAUCAUUAUUAAAAAUUCGUCGUGGUAAUCAUCAGGAAUUUUUCGAAGAUCUACGUGUAGAAGACGCAAGUCAAUUCUAUUUUGCAUGUAGGAAUGGAGAUAUCGAUACAGUCAAACAAAUAUUACCUACUAUUCCUUAUGAUCAAUUGAAUCAAUUGGAACCUAAUGGUAGUACUGCUCUUCAUGCUGCAACAUAUUUUGGUCAUGUAGAUAUUGUUCGUUUACUUCUGCAUGAAUAUGGUUGUCAACGAAAUCUACAAGAUCGUUAUGGUUUCACGGCAUAUGAAAAAGCACAAACAGAUGAAAUGCGACAACUCUAUGAUCGACCGUCAAAUGAAAAUCGAUUUAAUGACGAUUCAAUGGAUAUCAAACAAAUAUUUGAAAUACUUUCAUCAUCAAUAAAUAAAAUUAUAAUCGGCGAUCGUGAUGACGACGAUGAUGUUGCCAGACCCAAUAAACGAAUGAAAUUAAAACUUGGAAAAAAAGAUGACUAUGAUGAAGAAGAAUAUGCUUAUGUUACAAGUGAAAAAUUUCGACAAGAAUCUUUGCAAAAAGUCUUGGAUGAAUAUGUUACUUCAAAUCAUCCUGACUAUCAAUAUUGGAAAAAUAAAGAUAGUGUUUUAUCAUUGCUUACAUUUGCAUCAACAUCUAUUAAUCGAAAUGUAGCUGAGCAAUUUUCUGCAAAAUCUUCAUCAUCAUCAGAUAAAAUAAGUGUCUUAUUGAUAUUUUAUGUUUCUCAACGGUGUGAUACAGCAAUAAAUUUAAGUAAAAUACCUGUAUAUCAACUACCAUGUAUAUCAAAUUUUGAAAAUGAAGAAGAAGUAUUAAUUAGUCCACGAACAUUUUUCAAAGUGACAGAUAUUGAAAUUGAUCGACCUCAUGAACAAUACACGAUUUAUUUAGAGAAUGUGUGUGGAGAACAACAAACUAUGUUGAAAGCAUUAAAAUUCUUCCUUCCAGAUGGCUUGAAGAAGAAAACUAGUAAAUGCUUCAUCAUGGAUCAUGUAUUCCGCACUAAUAAUUGA